UUUAAUUAUUCAAUAUAUAUUUAUUAUUUCAUAAUAUGUUUUAAACAUAUAAUAUAUAAAAUAAUUUAUAUAUAUAUUGUUCAUCCCGCGCAAGGCGCGGAUCUUAACCUAGUUUAUAUUAAAUUUGUAACUUGUAACAUAUUGUCAUCUAUCUAUAUAAUCAUCAUACCGACAUUUUAACAUUAGAAUAAAUUUACAAAUUCCACAAGUAACUUUCAACCGGGAGUGAUCGAUCAUACAUCAGUAUUUAUUACACAUAUCUAAACAUGUAAGAGAUAGUAUUAAUUUUAUGGUCAUCCUUAACUAUCAUGAUAAUGUAAAUUAAAAUUCCUGUGUUAACCACAGCACCAAAAUUGCAAUCGUUUUUCAUUAAUUCUAACCGUCCAUUUAAUCAAAGCGUAGAUCUAACGGCAGAUAUCAAAUCAGAGGCUACUUCACAUAAUUUCCCUCCCUAUAUAAAUCACAACAUAAUCCUGAGCUUGUAAGUUGUAACACAUAUCCCCACAAUCGUGACAGAGAGAGAGAGAAGAGAAAAUGGUUUCGUGGCUGAUGACUCUCAAGGCGGUGCUAAUCUCGAGCGGCGUCGCUUCCGUCGGACUGUUGCUCAAGGUCUAUGUUCCGAUAUGAGCUGUUGACUUCUCCGUGUCGCAAGCUCCGGUCCUGUGGAGCUCUUUGCUUUCGUGGCUGAAACCGCCGUAUCUCUACGUCCUCACAAACGGAAUCAUCAUCACUAUCGUUGCUUCUUCGAAGUAUUACCGGAACUCUAGCCACCAUGAACAGGAAGGCGAUGAAUCAGCUUCUCCGCGGAUGCUGGAGGUGAAGGAUUUGGAUCCGGAUGCGCAAUUCAGUUUUGUAGCCGCCAAGGAAGAGAAGAUAAUAGAUGCAGUGGCGAUGGUGGAAGAUGAAUCGGAGCUUAAGAACUUGAUUAUGGUGGAAAAUUUCGAUUUGGUUGGAUCUGGUGGAGAUGAGGAUGUCAUGAUGGCGUCGGCGAAUUCAAAUCGGAGUCAUGUGCCAUUAAGGAUGACUGAAUCGGAAAAUCUCCCUCCCAAGGAUUCAAGAUUUGACCACCGGGAGUCGGUGAAAGCUAGUACAAGAGGUGGAAGAAGAGGGGUGUUGAGAGUGCAUAACGAUACACUGGAGAAUACUUGGAAGAUGAUAACGGAAGGUAAGUCAACGACGUUGCCCAGACAGCUAUACCGGAGAUCGGACACGUUUAGCCGUGGAAAUUCCGGCGAGGCGAAUCCGGUUUACAGGAAAUCGGAGACGUUUAGGGACAUGACUAACCAUUACCAGUCUCAGGUGAGGAAGGAGCCGUCACUGAGUCAGGACGAGUUGAAUCGGCGAGUUGAGGCAUUUAUUAAAAAGUUUAAUGAGGAUAUGAAGUUGCAGAGGAUGGAGUCACUGAGACAGUACAAAGAAAUAACCGAUCAUGCGGUUUAGUCUUUUUUUUCUGCUUUUUCGUUGGUUUUCGUUUAGUAUUUUAUUGGUUUUUUAUACACAGUUACCAGGUUUCUUUUUAACCUUCUCUUCGUUGUUGUUGUUGUUGUGUAUAUAGCUUUAGUAGCUCUACACGUUUGGUUUGUGUGGAUAGUCUUUUCUUUUGUGUAUUUUAUGUUCGUAUGUUUAUCUGUGUAAUGGACUUCCCUUGGGCCUAUCUUUCCGGCCCCAAGUUUAUGGUUUUAAUGAAUUAACUAUACAUCCGUCCAUGAACCCAAACAUUUUUUAAAAAGAACCCAUGCAUAUUCACUUCAUUUCCCUUUUUUGGGAAAAUUGUUUUUUUAUAAAACAAAAAAAUGAUAACUAUAUCACUUUAGACUAAUCUCAUAUACUUUAUAUCUCAUUAAGUUAAUUAUUUUCAAAAUGACAAUAAUGCCCUUAAAAUUGUAAUUUUAAAUAAUGGGUUCGAUCAAGCGGGAUCGAUCGAUCUGAAAUUACAAGGUCGAACGGAUCGAUCGAUCCUGAUCAUUAUGCGGAACAAAAAAACACGGAGCAUAUACUGAUCGAUAUGGUCUAUUUCACUCGAUCGACAAAGGUCGAUUUCAUACAGAUAGACUGAUCUCGAAUUAUAGACCGAUCGAUCCUGUGCCUAGGUAAGUAUUCCAAAUCGAUUUCUUGGUUUUCUUCGGUUAUAUCCGGUUUGAUUCCCACUUGAUUUGAACCGACCAAACACGCUUUCAACUCUUUAAACUCGAUUUAUUUGGGAUGAAACUCAUAAAUUUCUCAUCUCCUUCACGAACAAAGGGGGAGAAAAUCAAAGUCUCAAGUUCAUAAACUCUUAACUCACUCAAUUUUCACACUGAUUUGGUUGAAAUAAUGUGAACUUUUUGUGAAAAUUUUGUGAACAAUCAAUGGAAUAUAGAAGACGGCGUGAGAAGAAGGUUACCACGUUUUUUUUAAGUUUUUUUAAGUUUUUUUUUUAAAUCGAUUUUCAAAAUAUGAAAGUGAAUAUUCCCAAAUAUUUUGUUUCCAUAUUUUUAGGAACUGAUUUCUUAUCCGUAGAAUACAUCUAAUCUGUAGAAAUCGGUUUCUACAGGUUUUUAGAAUUAUAGUAAUGUGUAGAUUUUGAUUUCUACAUGUUUUAGCUUUACAAGAAAUCUGUAGAAGUCGGUUUAUACGUGUUUUAGAUUUAUAUUAAUGUGUAGAUUUUGAUUUCUAAAGAUUUUAGAUCGGUAAGUUAAGCGCGGAAUGUGUAUUCUAAAUAUUUUUAGAAUACUCUUAUUACGUAGAUGACAUAUUCUAAACAUUGCAGAUUCAAUAAAAAAGUGGAUUUCGUUUUGCUAAUUCGUAGAAUGUCAUUUCUACUUUAUUUAGAACAGAAUAUGAAAAUUAUGAUUUAAACAUUUUUAGAACUGAAAGAAACACCACUAAGUUCAUAUAUGUAUUUUAUCAAUAGUUACUAUUUUUCUAAUUUUUUUAUUUGUAAAACUCUUUACUAAAUUUAUUUUCAACUAUAAAAGGGUAUUAUAGAGAAAAAUGACACAAAAUAUAUAUUAGUCUAAACAGACAUAAUUAUCAUUUUUUGCUCUAAAAAACAAUUUUCUCUUUUUCUUUUUGCAGUUCCCUUGUAUCUAAUAUUCAGUGACGCGAUUUUAAGAAUAUUUUAAUACCAUGGGAGUCGCUGAAUUUGAUGUACCCUCUAAAAUUAUUAGAAAAUUUCAUUCGACCAACCUUUUUUUUUCCUUCGACCAACUUUGAUAUAAUGUAAUUUUUGGGUAACACCAUUCCAACAUUUUUAACAACAAAAUAUAUACUUGAUUUCUAAAUAUUUUAAUUGUUUAUAACUGAGGAAUUUAAACUUAACAAAACUAAGUUAUAUAAACAUUUUAACAGCCAGACUAAUUACAGAAAUGUACAAAAGUCCAUAUGAAAAAUCGUUUUCAUGAACCAUGUGAUAGAUGGCCUUUUUUAGUUGAUAAAUAACUCAGAUUCGAAAAUAUUCCGAUGCAUUCCAUCAUAUGUUCAAGUGGAUAUGAGUCUAUUAUUUAGAAUCUAUUUGAAUAUUAGUGUUGGUUCUUCUAUAAAUCUAGUACUAGAUUUUGAUCUGUGCUUUAAAAACGAGAGAUUAUUCUCGUUUCAAUUCUAUUUUGUUUUUUUUUUGGUUUUAGUUUAAUUUUUGGUUUUGAUUUUUUCAAUACAAGAUAUAAGAACCGUUCAAUUAUUUAUGUAUUUAAAUUUGGUUUCAGUUUGACUAUUUUGGUUAGGGUUGGACAAAAAAACUCGAAUCUGAAGAACCAAACCGAAACCAAUCCGAAAAAUAGUAUCAAACCAAAAUUGGUUAUAUAUCCGAAUAGAUUCAAAAAUUUUGUAUUUAUAUAACCAAACCCGAUCUACACCAAAGUGUUUUAACUACUUAAAAAUAUCCAAAAUAAAUUUAUAUACUUCAAUAUAUUGAUUAAUUUUAGAUUUAAUAUAUAAAAAGUAUCCCAAAUAUACAUGAUAUUUGAAAAUUUUCAAAAGUAAAUGUCUAAAAUAGGUAAACAAUACUCAAAAUACCAAAAAUACUUGAAAUAUCUAUCGAUUAUCUAUCAAAAUAUUCAUACCAAACCAAUUUAUAUGUUAAGUUUAGGUAUUUUGGCAUACAUUAUUCAAAGUCAUAUAAUAUAUUAUUUUUAUUUUUAAAUUUUGAGAAAUUUACAGUAUAUAUGAACUUUUAAUUUUUAAAAAUAAUUUAAAUGGUUUAUCUAAACCCAAACCAACUACCAAAAGAUCUAAACCGAAUCUAAUCUGAAAUUUAUAAAUUAACUGAAAUCUUUAAUCAUGAAAACCCAAAACCCAAAUAGACAUAGGAUCAAACCCGAAUGGGUACCCGAACGCCUACUCCUAAUUCUUUUUUUUUGCUUGGUUAGAAUAAUAAUGCGAAGAAUAUUUGGUAGAUUAAUAAAAAGAUUUAAUUAGUUAAUGUACAUAUAUCAUCUUAAGAUUCUUAAGAAAUCGGAUACAGCAACAAUGUGUAUCUCGGAUUAAACUUCCCAUUUGUAUUCCCAUUUUUAUUUAUUUAUUAUAUUCAAGAAAACUCUAGUUGCAUAACAUUAAUAUUGUAAUUAUAAAAGAAAGUUAUAAACAUGGAAGAGAGAUAUUUAAUCUUCAUUGUUAUACACUUGAUGUAUCAUAACAUUUUGUUUAGAUAAAUUUUAAAUAAUUAAUAAAUAUAUUCUUAAAUUUGAUAGAAUUCAAAAUUAUCAGUGUCAAUAAUAAAAAUAUUGAUAGACAUAUAUGAAAUAUCUGAAUUAAUACUAAAUUGGUUUGAAUUUUGCUUGGAGCUUGGUCUUCAACGUUAAAAUUUUGGUUUGAUUUUCAAAACAUAAACAUGGAAGAGAGAUAUUUGAUCUUCAUUGUUAUACAAUUGAUGUAUUAUAAAUUUUGUUUUGAUGAUUAUAUAUACUAAUGUCACAUAAAUAAAGAAAAAAUACACUUUAAUGAAAACCCCUUCUUAAAUACAUUUAUUGAAAUUAAAAUUAAAUGAUAAUGACAUGCCGUGUUGUCAAAAAAAAAUGAUAAUAGCAUGCCGUUAUAAAUAAAUUGUUAAUAAAUGUUAAAAGAAAAAUAAAAAUAAAUUGUUAAUCUAAGGGCAGAACCCUACUGCUUUAAUAGUAUAGAUACCUCUAUAUUAAUUUAAAAAAAAAUCGUUUUCGACUUUUUUUGUGGAGUACGAUCAUACGCUGGUUGGACCAAAUAUACUCGGUCAGUAGACAUGUAGGGUAAUCUUUUGAAUGAAUUUUCUCUCAGUUGGACUUUUCUUAGAAAAGACAGAAAAAGGUCCAAACAAGUUUGUAAAGCAUUGAAGAUAUAUAUUUAACUCCCACAAAAAAUACUUAAAAAAUAAUAUUAUAAAAUAGUUUAUCCUGUACAAAAAAACCCAACCACAGCCACUUAAGGUUACAAGAGAGAGAGAGAAAAAAAAAUAGACGACUACCGAACACACAUGGAAAAUUUAGUUGAAAUAAUUUAGAUAUUUAUAAGAUUUCUAAAUAAAUAAAUAAGAUUAUAGAUGAGGAAUGGCACAUUUUUAUAAAAUAUAUAUAUAUAUAUAUAUAUAUAUAUAUAUAUAUAUAUAUAUAUAUAUAUAUAUAUAUAUAUAUCUAAUCUAACAAUACUAAAAGGGAGAUAUGCUGAAAGGAGAGUCUGUCCACGUCAGAUUUAAAAUUCAUCCACUAAAAAUCGUCCAAACUGCCAUGUCAUAUUGAUUUCUGUAGAAAAUAAAAAUUACUCUCUUUGCUGGGUUCAUUAUACAUGUUAAAGGCCCAAGAUCAUCCUUCGACUUCGUCUUCUACUUUCCUCUUCAUCAAAUCUCCGUUACUGAGCUGAGUCUCAUCUGCUAUCAAUCAAUGGUGUUCUUCAAUACUUCUUAAUGAGUUCGUUUCACCUUCUUCUCUUUCUCUUUCUUUAUAAACCACUUUGUCUUAAAUUGCUUCCAUUCAAUCCCGAAAACCUCAUUUCAAGAAGUUGACACUAUAGCGAUGAAACCAAAAGGCAAGUUCACUUGCUGGUACUUUUGUCUUCAUGGAUGAAGCUAUUUGUUCUUUAGCAAAUACUAAAGGCAUGACCCACUAUCUUGCCUUUGUUUGGUAAUUCCUUAUUCAAUUAACCAAAAUAGUGUCAGUUUCAAUUAAACUGCCCUGUUGAUCUUAGCAGCCGUUGUUUGCCAUUGCUCUUGCGAUGCUCCCACUGAUUUAUUCUUUAUCAAUGCUGAUUUAGUUUUCUCUUCUUCUUUUUUUCACACCAGGAGAUGUGUAAGGGAUUUAUUUUGGGAACACUUUUCUUACAGCCUAGCUUCCUGGUUUCGGUUUAGGUAACGCAAGUCUUUGCUCGAUUUGGUUUAAUGAUGUGGUGGUAAGGCUCCUAUUUUGUUGCAUAUCUGUUCUUCUCCUGUUGGACUUGUGAAGAAUAGUAAUUUUGUGAGAUUAAUUGAGCUUAGAAUCAUAAUUCUGUUUUCUUUGGCCGUAGUUUUCAUUUGUAUGUUAUACUUUCACUUUCCCAUUAAAUUUCCAAUCUUUUUAAAUAAGCUUUUUGAAUUUUUCAGGCAGGAAUUUAUAUUCAAAAAAAAAAAACAAUGAAGAUCCUUUUUGAAUCUCCAAAUAUAUAACUUUCUCAGCAGAUUCGUAAAAUGCUCCUAAAGUCUUAGAUCUAUGCUGGCUACUCUGAACUCCAAUGAAUAAGACAUGCUGGAUAAUCUAAUGAUAAUAAAGAAGAGAAUGGAAGAACUCUAGAGAAACAGAAAAUUAUCGAUGCUUUUUUGAUAUAUAUUAUUAGUACAGGCCAUGAAUCCUCUGGACUCACCAUUAUUUGGGCUUCCAUUUCUCUGCAGGAACACCCUAAGAUUCUCCAGAAGUUAGAGGUAACAUGAGAAUAUAUGUUUUUAUAAUCCUUUUCCAUUUCACUUUACAAGCUUUAAUAGUGAUUUCAUUCUACACAGGGAGAACAAGAUGCUAUUGUUGAAAAUUGAGCACCGGACCAGGAUUUGACUCUUAAAAGAGACAUGUAAAAUGGACUAACAAUCACAGGUGCCUCAUUGCAAAACAAGUUUAUGGUGUUUUUAAAAAGGUAUGAUUCGUUACAUAUUCUCUCACUGAAUACAAAAUGAGGCUUUUUAUGAAGGUUCUGAUGAGACACUUUGGGUACAUUCUAUCUAAGGCCUUCCGGGAAGCAAAGAGGGAUGGCCAAAUGAACGGUCAGUCUAUGCUCAUCGCCUACAUGGAACACAACAAACAAUCUUUAAACCCUUUUUGUAUAUUCAUUUCUAUGUUUCUGUAAUUAGGCAUACAUCAUACCAAAAGGCUGGAAGGUGAUGACUUGGUUCAUGUAAGUUCACCUGGAUCUUGAGAUUGGCAUGAAUCCAAAUAAAUAUGAACCUUCAAGAUGGGAGGUAUGUAGAUAUAAUAGAUUUGUGACGCAUUCAACAAUCUAACUGUCUUUGUAAUUUGAAGUUGGUGUUGCAAAAGAGUAACUGAACAUGACAAGUUCAUUCUACAGGGAUACAGACCUUUACCAGGCACAUUCCUUCAUUUUCAUUUAGGAAGCGGUCUUUGUCCCGAGAAAAAUCUUGCCAAGCUCGAGAUUCCAAUUUUUCUUCAUCUUUGACCAUUGAAGAUGGGUUUAGCUACGCUAGCUUUGAAGCUGUGGGUUAUGACUUCAACACUAUUGAGCUGAGUCAGCUGGUGAGAAGGGUCCCGUUCUUUGAUUCCAAAAGUUCUCUGUAGCCAUGCACUGGAGUGGAGUGAACGCGUACAAGCCGGAGAUUAGUGUAUACUUGGAGUAUUGUGGGUGCGCAGAGAGAGAGAGAGAGAGAGAGGACAUUUGAGUCUCGAGGAGAAGAGGGUAGGACAGUGAUGUAUCAUAUGUUUGACUCACAGGACAGAUGUUUAUAGCUAUGGAAUGUAAGUUCUUGAGAUGAUUGGUGCAAGGAACAAAGAAAGCGCUCAUCUCUGCCUCUAACACAAGUUCAUCAAGGAACAAACGGUUUGAGAAGCCUCGCAGGCAGUGUGCGUUGCCUAGCUACCUUGAAGUGGAACUGGAGCAGAAAUCAUUAACUGCAGCAGCAAGGACACGAGAGAAUCUAAACUAUUUUUGGAGCUUUCUGUUUUUGCAUUUUCUUGGUGUAAUGAAUAAUGACUUGUGAAGUUGAGGUAUUCCUUUACGAGAAUAUGUGUUGGGUUUUUCGUGCUGUAUAAGUUUUGAUAUAUGGAAGACUUUUAUGUUUGCUAUGAUUUACCGCUUUUUAAAUUACUCUAAUUGUGUUUUUUCUUUAGUUGUAAAGGACUGAAUGAAAAAAGACAUGACCAUCAGGUAUAUUAUUCUUGAAGUUUAGAAUCUGCUCAUAUCAAACAAACGGGAGUUUCUUACUAAGACAUGUUCUUCUUGCUGGUUCACACUAUCUCAAAAUCAUUAGCUUCCUAUCAAUUGUGCAACCUACACUACCAAAUAUCUCACUAAAGAGAAAUGUUGUGAGAACGAAAACGAAAAACUACAAGGCAAACUUUAAAAUUUAUUACUCAUUGCAUAUAUUGCGUAUAUGUAUUUUACCAAUUUUAAAACGAAUAUUUUGAAUUUUUCCCAAAAAGAAUAUGGUAGUCAGGAGUACUAAUCUCUAAACAUUUAAAACCAUAUAAAAUGUUCAACGCAGAGCAAACAAAAAAAAAUAACAAUAUGAUCAGUGAGGAGUUAAUCCUAAUUUCUGACCAAAUAAUUAUAGUUUUCCUGAUUUUAAGGGUGCCAUCAAUGGUAUAGUAAACUAUUUAUUUACUGUGUUCUUGAGUAUAUGAAAAAUGUUAUAGUUGCUUAUAAGUCUAUAAAAAUUAUUAUUUGCAAGACUGCAGAUAUCAUAAGCAUUAUCUCCAGAUAUAAUGAGAUGAUUGGUAAAAUUUAUAUAAAUAUUUUACGUUAGUAAACCAUAUACGUACAAUCUAUACUACUAAACUAGAAUCAUGAUUUUGACCUAACCUUAGUUCACUAUGUGAUGUUAUCAAAUUUGAACCUAAAUAGUUAAUGGAACUUUGUGGCUUGUGGUUUGUACCACUGAAACAAAUAAUCAUAUACAAUGCGAUUAAACUAAAAAGCAGUUAAGAUAUCUUCAUGGUUACAUUUUUUUUUUGAUAACCGUGGAGAUCCCAAAAGUUUUCUAGACCCAAAAAUUAAUCCCGCAAGACCCAUAGAAAUCUCGGUUUUCUUGCAACUUAAAGCGUCUAUGGGUGGACCAAUGCUAUUCGAACCCCUGGCGGAAACACCCAGGCGACUUGGUUAAAAAAACAAAUUGUUACCUCCAGUAUAUCAUAUAUACCAAAGAUUUUCCCAUCUUUUUUUAUAAUGUUAUAUCAAAUAAGUUUGUGUAAAGAUCAAUUUAGGUUAGCACAUCACCAAUCUAUUUGAGUGAGCUUUAUAGUAUUUCCAUAAUUUAUUCUAUUUUUUCCAAAAUAAAAUAUCUUAUAAUAUAAUAUGGUUAUACUCCAAUGAUAUUCUAACUUAGAAUAAACAAUAGAACAAUAAACAAAAAAAACUUUAUAUAUAUAUAGAGUAAACUCAUUUUCUAUUCUAUUAUAAAGUCGAAUUAGAAAUGUUUUUACAAACUUUAGAAAAUUAGUAAUUUUCUUCUCGGUAUUACAGCUCCAAUAAUUUAUCGAAUCAUUCUUAUCGGUCACCAAAAUUUAAAUAUUUAAAUAUUCAAAUUAAAUACACAUUUAAUAUAUAUAUCUAUAUAUAUAUAUAAUAAGGUUAUUUACCUAUUCUUCAAAUAAUAGUUUGAUAUUAACGCAGACGAUGUAUAAAAAAAUAUAUGAUACAUAAAUAAUAGAAAAUUAGAAAAUAUUAAAUAUAUAAUAUUUGAAAUUUUACAAAAUAGUUAGACAUGAUUACUAACAGAUUAAUAGAAACUUUAAUUAUGUUUGCAUCUAAAUAUAUAUAUAUAUAUAUAUAUAAAUAUAAAUUAAUGUUAUUUCAAAAAAAAAGUUAUUUCAGAAACAAAUUAAUUAUAUAACACAAAAAUAAAAAUAAUUUAUUGAUAAAAUUGUGUUCUAAAUUAUAUUUAACAUUUAAAAUAUACAUAUAUAUAUAUAUAUAUUACAAAUAAAUAAACUGCGCGUAGCGCGGUAAAAUUUCUAGUAUAUAUAAUAAUGGCACUUUUGUUCAGCUACGUGAGGUGGAAAUAUAAUCUGCCAACACAUUAACUGUUUUUUUUUUUUUUUGGUAAAAAUGUUAAGAUAUUAUUACCAAGUUUUUAAUUUGUGACAGAAAUACAUAGAUAACAAGAAGCAGAAUAAGAAAAAUAAAAUCCUAAACACACA